UCCUAACAUUGUUCGCUGGCGGCCUCAUUGGCUCACCUCAACAAUUCGAAAUCACCAUUCGGAAUACCAACCACAAGAGCCCUUUACAGCAUCUGACGUCGAUUUCCACCCGUAUCAACCGCCCCCAAUUCCCAGACAACCCGCAGCGCGCAUACCCAUCCAGCAACCAUGGGUAUCAACAAUCCCCUUCCGUCGUCUUUGGCGUCGGAAUGCAGGAAGUGCGGCAAGAUCCUGUCCUCCUUUAUCGAUCCUCGUCAAGCAUUCGGCCCCGACAAGGUCAUCCCACCAUCUAUACUUGCCGGUGCCAAGGGUCUCGCAAUUCUCACAGUGAUAAAAGCCGGCUUCCUCGGUUCGGCCCGCUUCGGCAGCGGUCUCGUCGUCGCGCGACUCCCUGACGGUUCCUGGAGCGCGCCCUCAGCGAUCGCGACCGGCGGCGCCGGCUUCGGCGGCCAGAUCGGCUUCGAGCUCACCGAUUUCGUCUUUAUUCUCAACGACGCGAGCGCUGUCAAGACGUUUUCCCAAGCCGGAUCCCUCACGCUCGGCGGGAAUGUGUCAGUUGCUGCAGGGCCCGUGGGCAGGAACGCAGAAGCGGCCGGCGCCGCAUCUUUACGGAGCGUGGCGGGCAUCUUUAGCUACUCCAAGACGAAGGGCCUCUUCGCUGGUGUGUCUCUGGAAGGCUCAGCUAUUAUCGAGCGCAAGGAUGCCAACGCCAAGCUUUACGGUCGCCCAGUGUCCGCGCGGGAGCUCCUCACCGGAGGGGAGCGGCCGCCCCCUGCCGCGGCACCCCUCAUGAGCAUUCUCAACUCUCGUGUCUUUAAUGGGAUGUCGGCCGGAGUCACGGACGACAGGAUGUACAAUGACAUACCAGUCUACGACGAUCGCCACGACGAGGUAGUGUGGGGCAACAAGACGGGGUCUGCUUAUGGGGAGAACCAACCCAGGGAUACCGGCUCCGGCGGUGGCGGACACGCCCACGACGAGUUUGGCCGGCCUAAGAGGUCGACUACUUGGCAAGACGAUGUCUACGACCAGCCGCGGUCGUUUGGACAGCCCUCGCGGUCCAACACGAUCCACGACGGCUUUAGGGCGUCCAGUACGGCCGGCAACGGGACGGAGAAGAAGGUUGCGCCCGGGAGGCCGGCAGCCCCGAAACCAAACUAUGCAAGCAAGGAGGCGCUCAUGCAGAAAAACGAGGCGAUUGCGCUCUACACGUUUGAGCCGGACCAGCCGGGGGAUCUCGGCUUUAAGAAGGGGGAUAUCAUCACCGUGCUCAAAAAGACGGACAGCGAUAACGAUUGGUGGACUGGGAUGAUCGGGACUAGGCACGGGAUAUUCCCGAGUAACUAUGUCAAGAUGAAGGAAUGAUUCACCAUAUCACAGCACGGCGAUAUCGUCGCGCAAGGAAGGCCGGAAGUGGCGCUUGGAAUGGAUUCAGAUUGAUGGCGUUACCAGGCAACCGAAACACCUGCCGUAUAACGGAACCGAGUACUCCAACCGGUUCGAUGCAGGGAACGGGAUCUGUGGAUGAUGGGUUCUCCCUGAGAAUUUUCUCUUUGGUUUGCAUUGCUGUCCCGCUUGGCGUUAGGGGGAGGGUGGGAUGGUAGGAAAUAGUUCUUUUCCUUUCUUGCCUUUGUUUGGGCUGUCCGUCUUUCCCUUCUUGUAGAUUACAUUACAGUACCCAGUUUCUUGGUAGUCUGGAUUAUCACGACCUCCGUCUGUCAGGCUGGCAGAGUUUCUCAAGCCGA